AAACAUUUCCAAAUAACCUACCAAAAGCAAUUACAUUUUGUGUUAUGGCGUGUAGGAAGCUUAUUCAGUAAAGUAACCUAUUUUGCAUGUAAACAAACUUUGUUAAAAAUUGUAUUGAUCAUCGAAUAUAAGUUAUUAAUGGAUUAAAUAUAACAAAGUAUGAAUAUAAAUAUAAUAUGAGUUCCAGCGGCUUGAAAGUGUUAAAGAAAAAUAAUUCUUGCCCACAAAAGGUACGAUGCCAAAAAUGUCUGGAAAUGGGACAUUGGAGUUAUGAAUGUAAGGGAAAACGAAAAUAUUUACAUAGAUCUUCACGUACAUCGCAGUUGAAGAGAGCCUUACAGAAGCAGCAAGAAUCUAAUGGUGAAGAGCAGAAAAAAGAAGUGAAGAAAAGUCGUUUACAAAAAAAAAUGAAAGAAGAACCUAAUAGUUCUAGUAAUACAAAUUCUAGUGCUGAUAGCAGUAGUUCCAGUAGUAGUAACGAUAGCAGCAGUAGUAGUUCAUCUUCGGACAGUGAAUCAGAUUCUAGUGAUAGCGUUUCCAGUAGCAGUGGUAGCAGCAGCAGUAGUAGUAGCAGCAGCAAUAGUAGCAGUAGUAAAAAUAGCAAUCAUUCUAACAAUUUUCUAUUUUCAAAAAGACAUUCUAAAUAAAAAAUUUUAGAUAAAAAA